CUCAGUAGGGCGCGUGAGGAUUGGGAGGUGCGCGUGCGGGCUGCCGAGGAGGGGUUUGACGGCGCCGUCACGAAGGAUGCCGGGCUCGCGACGCUGCAGCAACACCAACUCAAGGUGAAUGGGAACGCGCGCCACGGUGUCAGGCUCGUCACACCCCCCAGUCCACGCAACAUCUCGUCUGACUCGGGCGAGCGCCAUCGGUGGAAACGAUCGACAAUCUCCCGAGGCCGAUCGCGUUCGCACUCGGCCGAGUCAAACAAGGAUGACGGUGGGUACGCGAGCUCAUUCGAGGGCGUGACACUGCUCGAUGACAAGCGCCAGUCAGCUUCCAAAGCACGCACGCGCGUGCCCUGGGCGCAGGAUGAUUCGGAUUCGGACGUGCGUCAUGCAAGCAACGAUGCAAGGAUCAUGUCCUUGAAGCACUAUCCCAUCACCUCAGAGUUGGUCCAGAAGGCAUCGACAGGGUUCACGAUGGCAAUGACGACGGAAGAUGACGCCGCACACGCCUCGUCUGCCGCCGCCGCCAAUCUGAAGGGCGCACACCUGGCGCCAGUG